AUGCGAGGACCCAACAGGGAUAACAAGCUGAGUUUAUAUAGUCCCCGUACGGUACAGGAUGGACGGUACAGGAUGUCUGGCUUGGCACGGAAAGAAGCCUCUCUUCAUAGUCAAGUCACUAAAGGGACAUUGACACAGUUGGAGGUGGCCCAAAAGAAGGGGACGGAGAUGGAAGAGCAGGACCCAGAAGGACCUGGAGCUUCGAAGAUGGCAAGCAUAGGCACCCAAGCUGGGAGCAACAUUGAAUUCUGGGAAAGCCCUGUGCCAGAGAACCUGCCUAAGGGCACCUGCCCCGUUUCCUUUGAGGAGGUGUCUGUCUCCUUCACCCCAGGAGAGUGGACCCUGCUGGAUCCGGGCCAGAGGACUCUCUACAGGGAGGUCAUGCGGGAGAACUAUGGAAGCGUCAUCUCUCUGGCCCAGGACGAUCAGAGCAAUGAGGAGGGUGAGAAACUGGAUCAGCAGUUGCCAGAUCGAGUUGAAAAGUCGGAGUGUGGAAAGAGAUUCAGUCGGAGUUUCAGUCUUCAAAGUCAUCAGAGAACCCACACAGGGGAGAGACCUUUUGAAUGCUCAGAGUGUGGAAAGAGAUUCAGUCGGAGUUUCAGUCUUCAAAGUCAUCAGAGAACCCACACAGGAGAGAGACCUUUUGAAUGCUCAGAGUGUGGAAAAAGAUUCAGUCGGAGUUGCAAUCUUCAAAGUCAUCAGAGAACCCACACAGGGGAGAGACCUUUUGAAUGCUCAGAGUGUGGGAAGAGAUUCAGUCGGAGUUUCAGUCUUCAAAGUCAUCAGAGAACCCACACAGGGGAGAGACCUUUUGAAUGCUCAGAGUGUGGAAAGAGAUUCAGUCACAGUGGCAGUCUUCAAAGUCAUCAGAGAGCCCACCUAGGGGAGAGACCUUAUGAAUGCUCAGAGUGUGGAAAGAGUUUCAAUCACAGUGGCAGUCUUCAAAGGCAUCAGAGAACCCACACAGGGGAGAGACCUUUUGACUGUUUAGAAAGUGAAAAGAGAAACAGUCAGAAUGGCAUUCUUCAAAAUCAUCAUAGAACCCACACAGGGGAGAGACCUUUUGAAUGCUCAGAGUGUGGGAAGAGAUUCACUGACAGUGGCACUCUUCAAAGGCAUCAGAGAACCCACACAGGGGAGAGACCUUUUGAAUGCUCAGAGUGUGGAAAGAGA